GACGACAGGGAGGGAGGGGGUGGAGGAAAGUUUGAGACUUUCGCUUCACGAUAAAGUUGAACAUUUUUAGUUCAAAGUCAGUGAAGUGGUAACUGUCGGACUCUAUGACUCGGCGGGAAACCAUCUUAUUUAUUUUGCAUCGCCACAUUGUCGUGAAUCAUGGAGGAUCCGAACAGACCUCAGAGGAGACUGUCCAGGACAGGACAGAACCUGUACAGGGUCCUGGGCCUGGAGAAAGGAGCCUCCCCCGACGACAUAAAGAGGGCCUACAGGAAAUUGGCAUUGAGGCAUCAUCCUGAUAAGAACCCAGAUAACCCAGAGGCUGCAGAGAAAUUUAAGGAGAUCAACAAUGCCAACUCCAUCCUCAGUGAUGAGAACAAACGGGCUAUCUAUGACGAGUAUGGGUCUAUGGGUCUGUACGCAGCAGAGCAGUUCGGUGAGGACGGAGUCAAGUAUUAUUUCCUCAUGUCCAAGUGUUGGUUCAAGACCCUGUUCUUUUGCUGCCUUAUCUUCACCUGCUGCUGCUGCUGUUUCUGCUGCUGCUGCUGUGGGAGGUGUAGAGGUGCAGAGGACGAGGAGAACACUCCCAACAUGGACCCUGACGAUCUGGAGGAUGAGUUGGGAGACCAGGGAGCAGCAGAAGAGUGUGUAGUAGAUUUACAGCCGGGCCCCAGUGAAACUUCAGGUGAAAACGUACCAGUGGUGGUUCAGCCUCAAUCGAUCAACGGCACGUCGAGCCCCUCAGAGAUGCACGCCGUGGAUCGGUGAACUGGUCUGUUGAUCCCUGAUCAUAUUGGACUGCAUGAUAAAAGCAGGUCUUCUCUAAAAGAACCAAACCUGACCUGCUGAAAACUGUGUUUACRUGAAUCAAGGGACUGGGACCAGUGUGGGUUUAUUUUUAAAUGUGUCUGUUUUUGUCUUUGAUUCUGUCUCAUUUGUAUGUUUUAUGGGUUUUUGGAAGUCKGUGUUCUGCAGUGAUCAAGCCAUGUGGCAUCAAACCACUGGUUGUUUCAAUAAUUGGUCCUCUUGUGGACUUUAAGCUCACAGCGGCCAUAAAUGUUUGUUUAAUCAUCUUAUUCUGGUGCCGACCACCUCAGUUUUGCAGCUCAUUAUGUUUUACUGUGGAAUUAAACUGAUYGGUCUCAUUAACUGGGUCUUCAUGUAGGGUUUAGGAUAAAUGGAUGGAUAAUUGUUUUAUUGCACAUUUUCCUKUUGAGUAGUAGUAAUUGUUUUUUUAUGCUAACCUAUAUUAAAGAGAGAAUACUUUUUUUCUACCUUUACUUGGGUUGUAGAGAUAAUUUAUGUUGACUUCAUGUAAAAUGAUUGUAAUCAAACCAAAUCAUUAAAAACAUCUUAUGGGUUUCAAAAUGA